AUGGUCGCACAAGUCUCUGACGUUAUGGAUCGAGUCUUCGACUAUGUCAUUGUUGGUGGUGGUACUGCUGGCUUGACCAUCGCGGCGCGGCUCUUGGAAACCACAGACAGUACAGUGCUGGUUCUCGAAGCAGGUGCACCGAAUCUAGAUGACCCGAAGAUCCUGUUAGGAGGCGGAUUUGGUUCAACGUUUGGCGACGCAAAGUAUGACUGGGGUUUUCUGACCACGCCUCAGAAGCAUUGCAACGACAGGCGAAUGUUGUGGUCUCGAGGCAAAGGCCUCGGUGGCAGCUCGGCUAUGAAUUUCUAUGCUUGGAUGAAACCGCCUGCGGCUGACGUCGACGCUUGGGAAGAAUUAGGCAACCCCGGUUGGAACUGGAAAGCUUACAUGAAAUACACACUACGUGCAGAGGAAUUUACUGCUGCCUCCGAGGAGCAGCUGAAGGCGUACGCUUACACGCACAACAUCGAAUGCAGAGGUCAAAGUGGCCCGAUCAAGACCACAGUUCCUCUGGCCUCGCUUCAAAUCAAUCAAUUCUUUCUGGAAGCAGCGCAGAAGCAAGGUCUUCCUCUGCUUCAAGACGGUUAUGGCGGUCAUACGACUGGCUGUUGGCAGGGCUCAGCCAACUUGGAUCGCAAGUCGAAGUGGACCCGUUCGUACGCUGCGACGGCACACUACCUUCCACAUAAGGAUAACCCGAAGUUCACGGUUCUUACGGAAGCCGUAUGUGCCAGAGUGUUGUUCAAUGACGCAAUGGAUGAUGGCAAUCUUGUUUCCACCGGUGUGGAAUUUGUGCACGACGGAGUGACAUACAAAGCACAUGCGAGGAAAGAAGUUGUACUUGCAGCAGGAGCCCUCAAGUCUCCUCAACUCCUGGAGUUGUCGGGGAUCGGUCGGCGUGACAUCCUCGAGAAGAUCGGCGUGCCGGUUCAGUUAGAGCUUCCGGGUGUAGGAGAGAACCUCCAGGACCAUACCUACGUCGGUGUUUCCUACGAACUUGAUCCCCGCGUGUCGCACAAGACUGUCGAUCUUCUCCGCGACCCUGAAUUCGCGAAAGAACAAGUCAAUCUACAGGACCUUGACAAGGAGAACGUGUACAGGCUUGGGAUCACAGCGUUCGGCUAUGUGCCUAUCGAAGAGAAGAAGGAGAGUGGCACGCUCCCUCCCGGCCUUGCUGAGCAAUGGGACAUUCAACUCCGUGUGCUCAAGGAUGCGACCCUCCCUGACGUUGAGGUAAUUGGGUUCCCGGGAUGGUUAACAUUCCUUUCUCAACCCGAGCCCGGAAAAUGCUAUGUAUCUGACUACACUCUGCGUGAUACAACACCAAUUUUCCAGGGGCACCGUCAUCUGGACAUCUUCGUAGAGAACUUGAAGUUUGCCCGGCGUCUCGCAGACACGGAGCCAUUCAAAUCGGGCGUGAUCCGUGAAGUUGAUCCCGGUGCAGCAGCACGAACCGAUGAAGAAAUCAAAGAGUACAUCCGGAAGUGCUGCAAUACAUGCUACCAUGCGUGUGGUUCCUGCAGUAUGCUCCCGCGGGAGAAGCAUGGCGUCGUGGACACGAAGUUGAAGGUUUAUGGCACCAAGAACCUGCGAGUUGCCGACAUGUCAAUCGUGCCCCUCGAAGUUGCAGCGCACACGCAGGCCACUGCGUACUGCGUCGGCGAGCUCAGUGCGUAA